AUGUCGACCAGCCGAGCCAGCGCAGUGUACGUACGUACGAGCCUGAUGGCUGUAACAGAUGCUGACACCUCUCACCUCAGGCGAAACCGCAAAAUCACUUGCUCGAACGGUAACCGGACGCUUCGAAGAGGAGCAUCACCAUCAUCAUCCGCUGCGAUGUGGGGUGCACCCCACAGGUAUCACACUGAGCAUCAUCCUCCCGGCCGACGAUCGACGGCCGGCCGGUCUCAAACACAAAUAAUAUUUGCAACUCUAGUCGCGUUUUGCUCUUGUGCGAGGUUAGAAAACAACUACCUCCCUCCGCCCGGUGCUGCCUCGGCCGGUGGAGGUCCAGGACUAGCCGCGCCAGCUCCGGGAGGUUUCGGUUCUAGACCUUCGGGCGGACAUGGUGGCGGUGCCGGCGGAGCCGGUGGUUUCGGUGGACGGCCUGGAGCUGGAGGUUUCAAAUUACUAUGCCCAUCAGGUGGAGCAGGAGGAUUUGGUGGACGACCUGGUGCCGGAGCACCGGCACCCUCACGUCCGGCUGCCGCGUACGGACCUCCUGCUGGAGGAUUCGGAGGAGGAGCGCCCUCAUCCUUUGGCGGUGGAGCUCCAUCGGGUGGAUUCGGAGGCGGUGCUUCAUCGGGAGGAUUUGGCGGUGGAGCUCCAGCAUCCCCAGCUGGUCCACCAAUAGCUAUUCUUUCAUACGAGAAUGAAAACAACGGUGAUGGAAGCUACAAAUUCAGUUACGAAACUGCCAACGGAAUCAAAGCUCAAGAGCAGGGAGACGUCAAAAACAAAGGCUCGGAAAAUGAAAUCCAGACCGUGCAGGGUUCCUACUCGUACACAUCGCCGGAAGGACAGGUCAUAACGCUGACGUACGUUGCCGAUGAAAAUGGCUUCCAGCCACAAGGGGAUCACCUGCCGACUCCACCACCGAUUCCGGAAGAAGUACUGAAAGCCCAACAAGCGCACGCUGCUGCUCACGCAAGUGCAGCUGCUGCCGGCGGCGGUAGUGCUGGCGGUCAUGGAGGCGGUGCCGGAGGAUAUCCAGGAUCCGGACCAACCGGCGGCGGUGCUGGCGGCUAUCCGUCAGGAGGACCGCUCGCUGGAGCGCGACCAGGAUCCGGCCGCCCAUCCGGAAGUGGCUCGUUCAGCCCCCAAUCGGGUUAUAAAUACUAG